AUGCGCCGGUCGUGUCGCCACCCGCUCGCGGCCACCGCAGUCGCUGCCGCGCUCUUUGUCGCUCUCGCGUCCUGCUCGGACGUCGUUGAGACCCGCGCGACCGAUGCCAAUGCCCCGUCUUUACCACUCACAGAAGCGCUCCAGCGCGUGCAGACUGAACACGCCGCCGUGCGCGACCUCAGCGACGCGGCGCUGUCGCCUCUCGUGUCUGCUGCCGAGCGUCGCGAGGCGCUGGUGCAGCUGGGAGACAUGUAUUUCUACGGCAACCGCUCGCUCAACACGCGCGUGAACGGCACGCUCGCAAUGCGGCUGUACGCAGAGGCAGCGGAUCUGGGGGCGCCGAGGGCGCAGUUUCACGUGGGCGUAGCGCUGAGCUACGGCCUGUGGGGCUUUCCGCUGGACGAAGCUGGUGCCAUGACGCGCUACUACUUUGCUGCCCUCGGUGGGGACAUUGGCGCUGCCAUGGCACUGGGAUACAAGCACCACAUGGGACUUGGCGCCCCGAAGAAGUGCGAGUCAGCCGUGCGGUACUAUGAAGUAGCAGCGGACGAUGCAGUGGCGAGACGGGAAGAGAAUGUCAGUCAUCCCGUCAUGUUCGACUUGCCGCAGCGCCGUCUGAAAACUAUGGCGGAGAAGGUGCACAAGAAGAUUGCGCCGAGUGACAGCGCGAUUGUCGACUACUUUCGCUUCUCGGCCGACAAAGGCGAUGCAGACGCUACAUUGAGCUUAGCGACGCUGUACUACUACGGCGCGCGCGGAUUGACGCAGGACUUGGACCGCGCAGCACUCCUUUUUCAGAAGGCUUACGAUUUGGGGGCCAGUGAGGGAGCGUACCAUCUGGGGCACAUAUACAGUUAUGGCAUUGGUGUGAUGCAGAACAAUGAGACAGCGUUCGAAUAUCUGCAAGAGGCAGUGAAUGAGGGCAUCGCCGCGGCGCAGAAUGAGCUGGCGCACAUGUAUCUGAUUGGAAAGGGUGUUGAACCGAACGAGGUGCGAGCGGUAGAGCUGUACAAGGCUGCAGCGAAGCAAGGAAGCAUGGAGGCAUUUUACAACUUGGGUGUCCUAUACAUGCGAGGUGAAAGCGCAACGAGCUUUUCAUUUACAGCGGAUCAUCCUGAAUACGAGGUCGCGUACAGCUUCUUCCAGGUGGCUGCGCUCCAAGGCCACACUGUUGCGAGUCACAAAGUUGGUCAUAUGAGACUGCACGGAAUCGGCACAACUCCGUUGUGCAAGAGUGCAGUUGAGUCGUUUAAAUCGGUGGCCGAGCGUGGAGAUGGGGAGCGUGUGCUAGCACAGGCUUACGACGAUUUCAAGCGCCAAGACUACGAAGCAUCCUUCAUAAAGUACGCUGUGUUGGCACAACAAGGCUACGAGGUCGCUCAGCAUAAUGCUGCGUACCUGUUGGACUAUAACUUCUUGACACCGUCACCGUUGUCACCCAUGCUGUCGUUGUCGCCUCCAAGUGUUGGACUCGACGCGGAUGGCGCGGCUUCAACUGCCCUGCUGUUGUACAGGCUAGCAGCGCAGCAGGGUAAUGUGGAUGCAAACUUGAAGAUUGGCGACUACUUCUAUUAUGGUAAAGGGGGGCAUCCGGUGGACUUUGUUAAGGCUAGUGCGCACUACUCCCUUGCCAGCAAACGGUCGAAUGCAGAAGCGAUGUUCAAUCUUGCGCUAAUGUACGAGCACGGAAUUGGAGUGGAUCGAGAUUUUUAUCUGGCCAAGCGCUACUUUGAUAAGGCACGUGUAGCUCACAGCGAUGCCAACGUGCCAGUAGCGCUUGCGCUAUGGAAAUUGCGGGCUCACGCGUAUUUUCGUUCAUGGACGAAAUGGUGGAAAGAGUUGGUAGAGGAUGUGCAACCGGUCGCUGAGAACGGGUUGCACCCGUUAGCUUCAUCAGGCGUCGCGCCAAGCAGCAGUCACAACGUUGCUGAAACUGAAGAGGACACGAGCGCUUCUUUGCUUAUUUGGCUGAAGGAGUGGUGGUCGGGUGAUGCAAACGUGAGCGCGGAUACGAUUUCGCGUGUCACUGUCGGCGACAUGCUUCAGUCCGACAAUUUUUUCAUCUUUGUAUUGACGAUCGCUCUCGGCGUCGUCCUGUAUAUUCGUUCUGAGCGACAGCACCUGUGA